AUGGCCAAGGCUUACCGGUCCGUUCCUCAUGAGGAGGAAGAGCCUCUUACGGGCAACGGCAACGAUGCCGUAGACGAGAAGUGGUCGUGGAGGUCAUCAGAGUCAUCAGAGAUGGAAUCGCCCAUAACGAAGAGGCUGCGAAGGAUAAGUCCACAUUGGCCUUGGAUUGCGCACGCCAUUCUGUUGUCGAUCUCCAUGCUUUUCUUUACCUUGUCCUUCUGCAUGAAGUCGGCCAGACAUGGGCCGGCAGGGCGGUUACCAGAGACGUACUCGCCUGCACUCGGUGCGAUAAAGUAUGAGAUACAACACUUCGACCUGCCGCCGAUAGCUGAAGGGCCCUUCAUCGGCAAAGGCGACGACGUGGAUGCGCGAUGGGACUACAUCACCGAUGGCAUUCCGGACACAAUGAUAUCUCGGGAGGAGAUGAUCAAAAUAGGUCUCGACCCGGAAGGCGCUCUCGAGAUCACAGACCCAAGGACCGGCAAGCAUGGAUACCGAGUGGCCAUCGAGGUCUUCCACCAGCUGCACUGCCUGAACCUCAUGAGACAGAACAACUACAAGUCGCACUACGAGCAGUUUGGCGGGGACACGGCUGCCCCGAAGCACGACCUGGCUGGGCAUAUCGACCACUGCAUCGAUGCACUCCGCCAGUUUGUCAUGUGCCAGGGAGACGUCAAUGUGUUUGCGUUCAGGUAUCCAUUUGGCGACAACGACCCCUGGCCGGAUUAUACUACACCGCAUGUGUGCAGGAACUUUGAGAGUCUUCGGACGUGGGCAGUUGAGCACGGUGUCCCACACACGCCUGGCGAGCCUCCCCAUUAA